CACGUUUUUGUUGGCAGAGCCAACAGGCUGGCCAUCAAGGGAGUUCCAUAGUCAACAUCAUGUCCUAUUAUUUUGAUUUCUUCUAAUAUUAAUGGUGGUGGUGUGUAGCUAAACCAAACUUUCUAGAAUUUUGUCAUUAAACCUUGUGCUUUGUACAUCAAAUUAAAUUCUAUUUCUAGUUCCAACUAUGGUAAUUAACCAUUAACUUAUUAGUCGUGCUAAUAAUAUCUUGGCAAACGUGCCCUUAAAUACAGACACCUUUCAAUACCUGACUGACACAGCUUCUUCUCUUCCCCGUUCUGAGGCAUUUCCAUUUCCAAACCACCCAGCAAUGAAGCCGCCAAAACCUCCUCUCUCUCCUCCUCUUUUCUACCCAAAAAGCCUUUCCACAACACAUAAUUUCCCUCCAAGUCCCGGCCUCUUCUUCUUCACCUUCUUUUUCCUCCUUCAAAUCCCUAAAACAACCUCUCUGAUCCCUUCCCAAACCCCACCCGAUUACUCCAAACACUGCAACGACGUCGUGCCAGAAUCCCCAGUGGAGCCCACCGCUUUCUUUUCCAGCCCCACCUCCGCUAACCCCCUCGACUUUAAAAUCGGUUAUUUCACCGGCGGAGACUCCAUUUUCUUCCAAUCGAACCCGGCCACCUCCGAUAUGCCCAAAUCCGCUGCUUUUUACGCUCAGUUUUCUCACAACACCCUCUAUGAUAAUAAAACCCAAAUUUAUAAAAUUCAAGGAAAGCUCGGUUUACAAAUUCCCAGAUCAUUUUCCGUUUCUUAUUCUAAUGACGGUCACUUAAACCCUCGCCGUGGAUUGCGCCGGAAGUUUCGGAUCAGGGGACCGAGAAUUCCAGUGAUCGGAAGAGGAAUGCCUAGUUUUUCCCUUAGUGGGUAUUGGUCGGAAUCGACUCGGAGGCUUUGUAUGGUUGGAUCAGGGAUAAGUAACGGAAAUGCAGGUAAAUUUAAGACUUUUAAUGUUGUUCUUAAGCUUAAUUAUUCGACUAAUUUUAAUGUUUUCGGAAGUUUAAUCUCUGGGGUUUUGGAAAGUUUAGAUUUUGAACAUAGGUCAAGUUAUUUUGAGCCAGUUUCCUUAUUAGGAGUGAGGAGGAAUGUUGGGAAUUAUCAGUUUAGUUUGGUUGAGAAUGGAAAGGGAAGUUCUUGCUUAAGUGGGGUUGAGGGUGAGGGAGAGAAUUUGGCUAUUAGCGAAGCGAAUGGAGGAGUUUGUUCAGUGAUUGUUGAACGUACGAUGAAGUUUGAGUUGGAUUAUGGGAAGGAUUGUGAUAAAGUUGGUUGUAGUUUCGUUAUUAAGGAUGUUAACUAUAGUCCCAGUUUCAUGUUCUUUAGAAAGAUUAAAUGUGUGGAUGAAGGGAAAAUGCAGAUUUUGUUGGGGUUUUCGAACUACAGCAGAAUCCGUACUUCUUUCCCUUUUGAUCCUAAUACAACAUUGAUCGGUGAAGGGGCAUGGGAUGAGAAGAAGAAUAGGGUAUGUGGUGUUGCUUGUCGAGUUUUGAAUUUCAGGAAUUCUUUGACUAGAGCAUCUGUUGGCGACUGUUCUAUUAAGUUUAGCUUGAGAUACCCCAAGGUUUUGUCACUGAGAAAUAGGGAUUCACUUGUGGGGAAAAUUUGGAGUGAUAAAAGCGAGGAUGAUCCAAGUUACUUCGAGAAGGUUAAGUUCAGGAGUGUUUGGGAAGUAUCACCUGGGUUAAAGGGUGUACCGGGCUUAAAAUAUGAGUAUACAGAGGUUGAUGGUGCUAGAAGAUCUUGUGCGAAUAAGAAUAUUGCUAAACACAAGGGAAAGACAUAUCCUGAUGGCAACUCAAUGGGCAUGAGCUUUGAAAUGUCGGUGAUAGAUGGUAAAGGAGAAUCUGCAUGGGGUAAUGUGAAUCCUCUGUUUGUGGGUGAUCAGCCUUAUGGUCUUUUGCCUGUAUCAACUGAGUCAGCAGUUCAUUUGAACAAUAAUGAGAGCAGGCUAUUAAAUAUCAGCUAUGAGAUUAGCUACACAUAUCAUUCAAGUAAUGCUCCUUCUUUGUCCAGAGAAGUUGAAAUUUCUGCUGAGGGAAUAUACAAUAGACAUUAUGGUAUUCUGUGCAUGGUAGGAUGUAAACAUGUAAGAAACUAUAAUCAAAAUUUGAUAAAAGAUGAUUCACUGGACUGUGACAUUGUGGUUACUGUACAAUUUUCUCCAAUAAAUUCUGCAGAAAAAUAUCGUGUUAAGGGCACUAUUGAAAGCACACGGACCAAGUCAGACCCUCUUUAUUUUGGACCCAUUAGUUUGUCUUCCAAAUCAUUCUAUACUGAACAGGCUAAAGAAUCCAUUUGGAGAAUGGAUCUGGAGAUUACCAUGGUUCUGAUUUCCAAUACACUUGCAUGUGUUUUUGUUGGAUUGCAGCUUUUUUAUGUGAAGAAACACCCAGAAGUGCUUCCUUUCAUUUCUGUAUUGAUGCUCAUUGUUCUUACCCUGGGGUACAUGAUUCCUCUGUUGUUGAACUUUGAGGCAAUGUUUGUAACAAACCAUAAUCAACAGAAUGCUUUUCUUGAGAGUGGUGGAUGGCUUGAAGUAAAUGAAAUAAUAGUGAGGGCAGUAACAAUGGUUGCUUUCCUUUUGCAGUUUCGUCUUCUCCAGCUCACUUGGUCUGGAAGACAAGGUGAUGAAAGCCAAAAGGGCUUAUGGGAUGCAGAGAAAAAGGUUUUAUACAUAUCACUACCUUUAUAUGUAAGUGGUGGGUUGAUUGCUUGGUUUGUGCACCAAUGGAAGAAUUCCCACCACAGCCCAUUUCUACAACCACACCAGAAAGGUCUUCAAAUGAUCCCAGUCCAGCAGCAUUUCUACCAGCUACGUUCUUUCUGGAGUGACCUUAAAUCUUAUGGUGGUUUGGUCCUUGAUGGGUUUUUGCUUCCGCAGGUAGUGUUCAACAUAUUGUCUAUAUCAAAUGAAAAGGCUCUUGCUACUUCAUUUUACAUUGGAAGCACCUUGGUCCGCUUGUUGCCUCAUGCAUAUGAUCUUUACAGAGCUCACAGUUCUUCAGGCUAUCUUGAUUUAUCAUAUAUAUAUGCAAACCAUAAGAUGGAUUUUUAUUCUACUGCUUGGGAUAUCAUUAUACCUUGUGCUGGAAUGCUCUUUGCUAUCGUCAUUUUCUUGCAGCAGCGAUUUGGCGGUCAGUUUAUUCUACCGAAACGGUUUAGAAAGGAUGCUGUAUAUGAAAAAGUGUGUGUAGAUAACAGUGAGGAAUUGCAAGGGGAAUCAGUUCAGAAAAACUUUUAUAGCUUAUGAUACUGUGAUAGUGGAAAACUUUUUUCGGAAUCAAAUAUAAUUUUACACUUUUUAAUCAUCGUGUUCAAUAGCUAUGGGCUUAUGUCCCAUGUUCCUCUUGUAUUCUUUUGCUUCCUGGUUUUGAUACGUUGCUUCUAAAAUUUGUGGAAUCCAAGUUAUGAAGGUGAAGGAGUGAUAAUGAAAUAUA